CACUAUUCGCGUUUGCAACUUCACCGCCCACAACGCCAAACACAACACUCCGCCCAAUAUCCCCGUCGCCCACUACUGAAUCAGCAUGAGCGAGGACGAGGUGCUGCAGGCGAGGAUUGCCGCGCUGGCAGGACAAAUCAAUAAGCACCGGCAACAACCACCGCGUCAAGGUCUAACACAGCACUCGUCCUCUACGCACGAUGCAGCGCAUUUCGUUCGCGGUGCGCACCGCUGGUCGCCAUACUCGCCCGGAGCGCGGCCUCUCAUACCUCACCCAGUCAAGAAUCGCACGCUUGUGCUUGGUGGCGGCUCGAACAACCUAUCUAGCACUCGAGUCAACGAUGUGACACCACGUCCCAUCGAACCGUCGGUCGCGGCGUCUGGCCGCUUCGUGACUUCUCGAAUGGGUAAUAGAUCGCAGCUUAUGACAAAAGAGACAUACGAACGCGAGCAACGCCAGCGGCAAGAGUAUAAGGACAAGCGCGCAGGAAAUACUGCAUUUUUCGCGCCGCAACAGACACGAAAUGCCCAACAGGAUAUCCCGUCGACUCCAGCCACUCGUGUGCUCGAAUUUGAUGGGAUCCAGUUCGAACUCCAGCCACAUGGCGACAAGCUCGUGCGCCUCGCUGAUCCAGCUACGGCCGACGGGCAGACGCCGAGGAAAGUGACCAUCGCAGAUGUCGACUUCUUACGCACCAAGAAUGGGAACCUCAUUCGCGCCAUGCCAGCCACUCAAGACAAUACGAGACCACCUGCACCAGCCUCGCGAAAGCAGUGCGAAAAAUUCACAAGACACGGUACCAUUUCUACCCACCUCCGACCAACUGGCUACUUGCUUGGAACGACUCGGAGCUCCUACCUUGUCAGGCAUGGCGGCAAUCCUCUGCUGCAUACUAACAUGGUCACAGGUAACUGCCCUUUCGGUCCCUCUUGCAGGAACCGCCACGACCCAACUCGAAUCGCCAUCUGCAAGGAGUUCUUCACGAAAGGCUCCUGUACGGCAGGCAAAAACUGCGACCUGUCACACGAGCCCACAUAUCAUCGGGUGCCAGCAUGCACAUAUUUCCUCCGCGGCAACUGCACGAACAGUGCAUGCCGCUAUGCCCACGUCACCGUUUCUACUUCUACCCUCGUGUGCCGCCCCUUCGCUACUCUUGGCUAUUGCAGCAAAGGAGUCGAUUGCGGCAAGCGUCAUGUGUUUGAGUGUCCUGACUAUACUAAUCACGGGCGCUGUGAAGCUCGAGAGAAAGGUCUUUGUUCUCUGCCGCACAUCGAUCGCGCCAGCUCUCUGCGCAAAGCUGCGAAGCGGCGGGGCGAUUCGCACUCCGAUGAUGACACGGAUCUGUCGAGUGCUGAGGAAGGCCAAAGUGCCAGUGAGGGAGAUGAAGAUUCCGACAUCGACAUCACCAUGGGAAACGAAGACGACAGCCAUGAACUUACACAGCAGCGAGACUACGUUCGAUUUCCAUCGUACAGCCGUGACUAGGCUGGCUGGCCGCAAGAGUGACCAUUGAAGUCGCGAGCAGCGCAGCAUACCCUUGAGCGCUAGCUCAUGUACUUUCCAGAAGAAAAAUACCGGCCGAAUUCCGGCAGAGCAUAUUCGAGACUACAAUAGCUUUAGCGAAGAAAGAAAUGAAAAGACAAGAUUUGACAACAG